GGUGUUUGAAUGGGUUGGGGGUAGUGCAUUUGAAAAAAAACACCUUGUUCUGGGAUAUGGCACUUUGACAACUUUCCCCCUGCUCUUUCCAUGGAUGCCCUAGGUGCAUUGGAAAGAAAGGUGAUAUAUACAGAAGCGUCCAGUAUUUAUGAAGCUAUACGACUCAAUCAAAAGGUAUUCGCGAUUACUUAUUUAUUAGUGUAGGUUAUCUUACUGGAUUCGCGUUCGUUUAUGGUAUAUAAUACCAGUCACAUACAUACUGCUAUAAAUAUAGGUGGUAACAGGGCAUUUCAGAGAAAGUUUUCUCAAAAUCAGGUCCCGUUAGAUUUACUUUUAUGUAAACUGACAAACUUGGAAAACCCUACAGAGUUAAGAAAGUUACCAAUUGUUGUCUACGAUGAGUUUAUCGAUUCUGUAUUGAACCUAAUACCUGGAUGCUUCUUGUUUUCUUUAUUGACGCAAUUGACUCUAAAAUUUCCAGUCGUCUUUCUCCUUAAAGGAGGAUUUUUGGGGUUUCAAGCAUCAUUUCCAGAAUUAUGCUGGAUUAAUACAGAAAAAGUUGCGGGUGAAGAUUUUGCUGAAUAUCACCAGUGUGACUGCCGAUUAGAACAAAUACUAGAUGCCUGCUUAGGUUAUUCAUCUUCUAGUGACUUUUCUAAAAUCUCGGCAUCCGAAUAUGACAUUUUAUCUGCAUUGGCUACGUCCACUCAUCCAACUUCUAUUUCAUCAAUAUCUUCAAUUUCAUCGAAGUCUACUCCAUCUUCUUUCCAAAUUCCAUCGAAGGAACAGUUUUCAGGUGGGAUUUCCAGAACAUUAAGUCCUGAUGUACCUGUGGAUAAUCGUUCAAGAUCGAUUAUAGAAAUGAAAGUUGAUAAUACUGGUAGUACAUUAACUCGUCCGUCUCCAAUUCUGCCACAUUUAAUAUUAGGAAGUCAGGAAGAUGCUAAUUCUCCAACUAUUUGUAAACGUUAUGGAAUUACUCAUAUUCUUAAUGUAUCUCUUGAAGGCAGUAUUCCUUCACAUAUUCCCAGUCAAAAUUUUUAUCAAAUUCCUGUGAACGACAAUUAUACUGAUCUCAUGACACCAUACUUCAAAGAUGCUUUUGCAUUUAUUGAGUCUGCUAAAGCAGCCCAUGGACGAGUUUUGAUUCAUUGUUCAGCUGGAAUAUCUCGGUCACCUACUCUAGCAAUUGCCUAUCUUAUGUAUUCAUGUCGAAUGAAAAUGCAUGAAGCAUACGAUGUUGUUAAAUCUGGACGAAACAGCGUUGCUCCUAAUUUUAAUUUUCUUGGACAGUUGUUGGAGUUUGAGCAUCAACUUCAUGAUUCUGGUUGUAGUGAAGCUUCCAUUCCAAUCGAUAGCACUCCGACUUUUGACAGCCCUGCUAGUUCGUGUUCAAUUCUAAGCAUGUCCGCAGAGAUGCAAAGCUCUUCUAUGUUAAAGUCUGGUCUUCAUUCGUCAUCAUUAUCACUAAAUUUAACUCCAACAUCUCCGAAGGUAUUAUCUAAGAAACGGGAAAGACCAACAUACCUUGGUUUGGAGGCUACUUCAUCUUUUGCAGGAGUUUUAGGAGGAUCUGUUGGAAAAAGUUCGCUACACUGUGGGGGGUCGGUUAGACCAAUUCCUGAGUCUGGAAUAAGCCCAACUGAAGAAAAACGUAGCAGAGUUUCAGCGUUAUUGUCACCUACUCAAUCUUCUAAUCCAUUAUUACCGUCUCCAUGCACUGGUUUGUCUAAGCUAGAGAUAUCUUCACCCUUAGAAGAGUAUCGAUCUUUACUUUCUGUUUCUCGCGCUCCAUCGUCUUUUGUUCCUGGACAUGUGCUUCCGGGUCCUGAAUCUGCCAUACAGAUGCUUAAAUUCAAACCUUUUCUUUCAUCUUAUACAAGUUUACAAACUUUGAAAUUUGAACCAUGCUCAACUGUUAUGCCACCACAUCCCAUCCAAUUAACCGCUACACUUUCACCAGCUAGUAUUCUUAGACUUCGUCGUUCAUCAUCGACAGUUGGUACCGCAAGACCAACUUUGCUUGCUCAGCGUCGUCUUUCUUCACAUGCAAGCGCACCACCGACCCCAAGGCCAGUAUCUACCGACGGAAGUCAUCCAGUUUAUCGUAGUAUUUUGCAUGCACAUGGAGCAUUUCGUUUACCAAGUAACUUGCCAUCAACUAGUUCAUCUAGAGUGAGAGAGCUUAGUCCUUCCACCCCAAUAUCUCAAGAACCAAAGCUUGAAUACGAACAGCUGCAGAAGUGUAAUGCGAAUGUUGUUGGGAAUGAAUCAUUUAAAAGCCAGGUUUCUCCCACAGGUUGUUCAAAAUUUCUUUCAUAUUGUCGAAAACCUAGUCUACCUGUUAAUUUAUUGCGCUCACAUAGCAAUGAAAGCUUAAACAGAAGCUACAUAAAAAGUGACAAAUUUCAGGGUUGUCUCAUUUCAUCAUCUAGAUGUUUCAAUACAUCUAAUCUCAGUCGUAGUGCCCCAUCACAACGUGAUAUAGAUCUAGUCUUUUUUGGGGAUCAGGGUUAUUCGAAUAAUUCCUCUCAUCUCUUUUCUCUACGCAGGUCUUUACCUGUUCCCGGUGAGCUUACUUCAUCGUCUCCAAUGGAUUCAAAGAGAUUCGACCCUGGACAGUUGUCAACUAACCUAAAAUAACCAAUAUUGCUACAACCAUGCGGUUAAUACCAAAAGGUACUAGUGUGGAUACUUCUUGUCGACUUCAACAACAAUCCUUUGUGCAAUCAUCUGGUAGUAGCAGUCCAUCACCAUCGGCUAGCCAUAAUUCACCACAUAACAGUAGUAGUUAUAGUCUAUUCCCAAUUUCUUAAGGAGCAUUUUGUCAACAGUAUUUCCUUCCUUGCUUUUUUCUACAAUCAACAUUUAAAAAACUAGUUUGGUUGGUUCAUUUUCUUUUUUUGCUAAGUAUUUGUAAAUAAAUUUAGUGCAUUUACCGACUAGAACUAAAUCUGUUUGUAUAACGACUAAUAUUACUGCGAUUAAUAACAGCCUUGACUUAUUUUGCUAUCCAGGCUUUUUAAAGGCUUAUGCACAGUGACUGUUUACCACUCUGAUUUUAAGCCUUUUAUUAGGGUGUUAUCGUGCCAAUUUGUCUUGUUUUUUUUCAGUGUUCUCUCCCCACUUUGUUUUCCUUCUUUCCUCAAUGCUUCACCUAUUUAUUUUGUCCGAAUAAUUGAUUACAUGCAUUUUACAACUUUGUUUAUACCUUAAACAUUCCAUCAUUUUAAGUACUACAGUAGUAUCCUUACUGGCUUAGUUAAAAGUGUUCUGGUUGAACAAUUGUUAUAUAUAUGUACAUUGAAAAAUAAACGCACAAAUAAUUCACUUGUGCCUUACAUAAUAUUUUAAUAGUUUACUUGACUGUAAAUAUCCCUGACAUUUUUUCUUUUAAUGUGUACACAUAGGGAAGAACCAGUUUCUUUUUUUGUUUCUUUUUUAAACUUUUUUUUAUUGUACGUCGAACAUUUGUCUUAUACUACCUACCUACUUAUGUACAUGUAUACUAUAUAUACUGUAUUUGUUCUAGGGAUUUUUCGAAUUAAAUCAAUUUGUUUUUUACAAAUUAUCCUCUUUCCUUUUAUCUCAUACUUUUCGUCUAGAAAAUAAAACAGUUGACUGGUAUUUUAGUCGAUAGAUUACUCCUUGUUUGAUAUCCCAAAAGAGAAACUUGUAGGCCAACUAUAUUUCAAUUGGAAAUAUUGCGACGAAAUUCUCCUUUUUUGGAUUUCUCUUAAGUAAUUAAUAAAAUAAAAUUGUUGCC